GAGCAGAAAUGAGAAAACAACGAAUUCAUCAUGAGUCCAUAUAAUAAUCUGUCUAUAAUCCAUAAUCAUAAUACUUUAUUAUUGACACUAAUGUGAAUAUAAUGUAAUAAAGCGCAUUGUAUGUCAUGCAGAAUACAUUUCUGAGCUGUUUUUAAGACAGUGAUGGAACAUCUGAAUAAAGUUAACAUUAGUUAAUUCAGCGAACAUGAUUAGUGACGCAAAUAAUCCGCUUUUUAGACGCUUUCACCAUUUUUGAAGUUUAUUGUUAAUGUCUCAACAACACGUUAUGAAGUAAUUGACUUUAUUUCUGUAAGAGAUGUUGUUUCUGCUACAAACUGCCCAGAAAUAUCUGAGAAAUGUUCGUCCAUGAGUUGAUCAUUGAUUUUUGACUCCUCCCAAAAUAACUUCCUCUUAUUCUCCAUCGGUCAGAUCUGUUCCAACACGCACAAAUGUGGAUCAGAAUCAGGAAUUCCACAUGAUGUCCGAUCCAAAGAGUUCCUGGCACGAAGAUUUCGCCAGAAACCUUUCCCGGUUUUUCUCAAGAAGUAAAUCUGUGGACACACAUGAAAGUGUUUUUGCAGAUUAUUUAUUAUCUUUCCUCGGCUGCCUGCGGUCAACACGGGCAGGAACAUAUAAAGAAAAGAUUCAUUUAACUGUGAGAAAAUUACAGGGUGUGUCAGUCUCACCAUCUCUCUGGAGAGGAUCUAAUAUCCAUGAACCGUUGAAGAUUAAGUGAGGCUGAUGGAUCCACCUUCACCUGCAGCGCUCACAAGGAUUCAUUUCACACACCUGAGCUGCACCUGAACAUGCCAGAAACUGCAGCUGCGCAGGAGCUGCAGCUGUCUGACGCGGCGGACAGAAACAGUGUGUCACUGAUGGAGGUCGACACACAGGGGGACUCGCUUGAACCUCCUGCCGCCACAGCGCCCCCUGUAGACGGAUUCCUCAGACGCCUGAGCAGCCUGUUCCAUUUCGUCCGGGCAGAGCCAUCCGGAGUACAGAGAGACACACACACAGACUCAGAAAGCAGCAGUUCCUUUACUGGACACAGAGACUCAGAGAAGACAGACAGCACUGUGGAACUGUCUCACUCUCUUCAGCUUGUAGAACCUUCUCACCAAACCUCAGUGGAGCUGUCUGUCUGUCAUUCAGAUGUCACACAAUCUGAAAAACAGAGUGAGGAGCAUAGAGAUGAUGCAGUAGUCAACAACUCUGCCAAAGAGUGUUUGGAGGACAAGAGACGUUUUGAUAUAACCUGUCCACCUGUGGUGACAUAUGGGACGUACCAUGGACAGAGGAAGGUCAGGAGAGCAAAGAAGAAGCAUCACUUGGAGCUUCAUUCACCUAUCUCAGAGGGAGAGGAGGCAACACAUCCAGACGUCCAUGACACUGAGAUCUCCUUGGCUUUAAACACAAUGAGUUCUGAUAGUCAAAUAAACCCCACUACUGUAAGUCCAGUAUCUUACAGAGAAAAUUAUUUGAUCCACAGUGUCCUGUCAACAGACAAGGAGACUACAGACAGAGGUCCCGCUGUAGAAUCUCCAGCCAGUAAACUUGCUCGUAAUGAUGAAACCAUCUUUGAUCGGUUAGUAACUUGCAUAGAAAGAGAAUCAGUUCACACCAUUCAUGAAGCAGAAAAGAGACUACUGAAUGAAUCAUCUAACAGUGGCCAGGAAGAGCUUGGUCAGAGCGAAAUACCUGAGAUGGUAUCAGUGAACAGUAUGCAGAAGGGGCCACAAUUAUUCUGCACUGAUGCUCUGACGCACCAUCACAGCUCAAAUCCAGCUCUAAAACAGAGAUUACUGCAGAGAGACUCCUCAGUAUUUACAGACAAAACAGAGCAUUCAUCCCUUGAUGAUUCCCAGAUGAGUGACAGCCGAGAAGAGAGAUUGACUGAAGAGGAUUCUGGGAUGGACGAGGAGGUUCUGCGACUGGAGUCUAAAAAGUUGGUUGGCGGCAUUCAGAAAAAUGCUCUUGCUGCCUUUCAAAUGAUGAAAGUAUCUGAGGUGGAGCGUGAUGUACUGUCGACCUGUGAACUUCACAAAGGUUCAGUGUCUGUUCAGUUUGAAGAUACAGAUGGUCAUAGAGACGGAGCAGAUAAAUCAGAGCAGCAGUUUAAUAUAUUGAUGUCUGAUCAGACACCAUCUGUAGUUCUGGAGGAUGUGCUGAUGGGGAGCCAUAGCAGGUCGACGCCCUCCUCAGGGUACGAGUCCAUCGCUGGAUCUGACUGUGACAUCAGGUGCUGUGUGAGUGUGACCUCUGACAUCACUGCUACAAGUGCUCCAAUCAGCUGUCAGCUCGAAGAUAGUUAUGAGAAUCAGGCAGUUCUUGAAUAUUUAGCAGUGGAAAAGGAAGUGCAUAAGCCAUUAUCUCUGAAUGUUCACAGUAAUGGAGACAUUCUUCAUAAAACAGACAUUAAUAUUGUGCUGCCUGCUGUGUGCGUGUCUCUCAUUGGUGAAGAGACUGAGCAGCAUACAGUUUAUGUCUCUGACUGUGAAACAGAGCAAUACAGAGUAGCGAACAGAUCUCAGGAUUCAGCCAAAGACGAUACAUUGAGCAAUAACUGUAGACAGAACCUGGACAAUGAUUUCUGUGAUGCUUCUUCAAUCACUCCUGACACUGAUACGUCUGGGAAUCUGGAGAGUCAAACUAAAUCUCUCAGAGUAAUGGAAAAGUGUGAUCCUUUUAACCCCAGUCUCACAUUUGACACAACAGAUCUUGCAAAGAGAGAGACACCAAAGAUUUCAGAAUUUGCACAGCAGCCAGCAGCUACACUAAGCCAUAAAUCUGAUCAGACGGAAGCACUUUAUUCAGUCAUUGCUGAGCAGGAACAUUUUUGCCAUUACUCUGUGACUGGUGAAGAUCAGAGUUUUCUCCUGGUGGAGAGUUCCCAGGCAUCCAUGAAUGAAGUCCAGACACACUCAGGAGGGCUCGAUCCGUCUCAGUGGACAUCAGUCAGAGCGUUCCGCUGUGAGGUCAUAGAUGACCAAAGCCAGAGUCCAGCAACACUCAUCUUGGAUCGAGUAGAUGGUAGAAUAUCAGCCGUAUCUCCUUCAGGGAGUAGAAUUCACCUCGACCUCCCGGACAGUUCAAGCAGAAGCACGGCUUUUGUUUCCCAACAUCCACAUUUUCAUGAACUUGAUCUCCACCAGGUUGAUGGAAGCUUUGCCAUUAUCAGUGAGGAGGAGGAGAUGGACGCUGUGUUCGUGAAUGACACGGAGCCUGUGCACAGUCCUGGCACACGCAGAGCCAAAGUGUACCCCUUCUCCCUCUCACCCAUUUACGAGGAAGAGUCAGGGUGCGAGGAGGUCUUGGAGACGCUGCUGGUUCCGCCGGUGACGGAAGAGGAGCAAAGGAGCGUGGAGCAGCAGGCGUCAUCCAUCCUCUCCCUCCUGCAGUCAGUCAGUGAGAAGCUUCAGUCCAGCGUGAUAUGCGGUUCAGAUGAGUACCAGACCGAGUCUUUGAUAGUCGCCACAAGACCACUGUGGCACUCCAAAAGAGAUGGCAGUGAGCAAGAAGAUGAUGAUGAUAACUCCAGUGUUUUACUGCACCAAUAUCUUACUGAGGCCAAACCUGUCCAGCAGCCAAACACAGAGGAUGAGCUCAGCUCAAAUAUUGAUCAGACUGCUAAAGAAUCUCAUGAAAGUAUCCAGGUGGAGCUGAACUGUCAUUGUACACUGGCAAACGUUGGAAAGAAUAUCAAUACACCUUUCUAUCGGUAUUUAAAAUCCAGAGUGACACCAUCCACUGAUAAUGAACCCAAAGACACUAAACACUUUGUGUGCUGUAAUGAAACCUACACAAUGCUCAUGGGAGAGAUUGGAGGCUUUGGACGGGUCAGCCCGAGACCUUCUACAAUGCUCAUAUAUAAGGGUCAGUCACUCAGCGGUGACAGAAGGGAAAUCUGUGAUGAUGUAGAAGAUGCCAGAAGUGUUCUGUUCCCUUGUGGAUCCAUGAUUCACGUGCUCAGAGGAUGUUGGCUGCUGUAUAUGGAUUUGUGUUUCGGCGGGUUUUGUGUUCUGCUGGAGGAGGGUCAGACCGUGAGGACCAACAGAGAACCUCAACAGAACCUGCAUCAGCACAGAGAACCCCAAAGAACUGACAUCAGUGACAUGCUGUCUGUGCGCUCCAUCAGAACACUGCUGAAGGAAGAUGGCAUUCCAGAGAUCCAUCUCCAUCCCAGUGUGUCUCGGACUGGAGAGACAAUCCGUCUCUUCUCUGCUAAAGACCUGAUAGAGCAGCAUGACCCCGUGACCCUCUCUGAUCUCUCUGUCAAGACUGGAUGCUGGUUAGUCUACGAUGAACCUGGAUUUAGUGGUAAUUCUGCUGUUCUGGAAACAGACGGGAGGGUCACACCUGUUCUCCACAGUUCUCUUGUGUCAUGUGUAAAGAGUCUCCGGCCAUUAAAAAUGGGCGGGCUGAGGGUGGCAAGACCUCUCGACCCAAAGGUGAUGUUGUAUGAGAAAACACAGUUUCAGGGUGAGUGCAGAGAAGUGCUGAAUUACAAAGACAGUUUGGAGGAUACGGAGAUGCCGGCGGGCUUUUCGUCUCUGCGGGUCACAGGAGGAAUAUGGGUGGGGUUCUCCAGUGAGGGGUUCAGAGGUCAUCAGUGUGUGCUGGAGGAAGGUGGAUACAGCGACUGCUCAAGACUCUUCAAAAGCUCCAUCAAAUCACUGCAUUACAUUCACACCUAACACCAGCAUCUGAUCUGAUCUCCCCCAGUAACACCAGCAUCUGAUCUGUUCUCCCCCAGUAACACC